CUCGCGAUGUCACGAUCUAUUUUUCGGUAAAAUCGCGGUAUUUUUUACUUUAAAAAUGGCCGAGUUACGAGAGAAUGAGAUGCAAAUAUCACUGUAUAGCACUAUCUCACUCGGCGAUGCAGUUAGCAUCAAGACUGUGACAGCUCAGUUGUUGUCUGUUGUUGCUAGUGUGAAGUGCUCCCGGCUUUCGCCAAAAACGUGACAUCACGAUAAUAUCAGCGUUUUUGUGUGAAAAAUGGGGUCGAGGACCAAAUUGUUGUUAGAGUUAGCAAGAAAAAAAAAAGAUGAUGAUGGUUGCGAUGUUGUUUCAAAUGAUACUCGUAACAUGGAUUCUUCAGAUACUGAAGAGAAUGAAAUGAUCGAAAAUUCAGAGAGAACUCAAAACUAUCGCCGCCGUUCUAAAUCUACAAGUUCAUCGUCCAGUAGUUCUUCCAGUAGCUCCUCGUCAUCAUCUUUUGUAGAAGAUAGCGAUGACUCAGUUAAAGAUCCAGAUUAUCAAGAGUUACGUGAAAAAUCAAAAUUCAGAUUUACACUAGCUGAAUUUAGUGAAAUUCCAAUGACAUCUGAAAGGAACUCUCAAGAAAUAAACCAAAAUGAAAACAUGUCUACCGUCGCAAUAAAUGAAAAUACACUACCACAAGUUUAUUGUAUCAGUCAAACACAGCUACAACUGAAAAUUAAACUCCAAACUCAAAUUAAGUUGAAAUAGUUCAGACGCCUACAAAAAAGGGAAAGAAACGGCCAAGACAGGAAAGUAAUUGAAAUAAAAAUGUUGCUAAAAAUUUGAGAAAUUGUGGUAAGUCCUAUGUAUCAUCUAAAACUAAAAAAGUAAUGCCUGAACGAAUACUUAAGCCCCCUUGUAAAGAAACCUGUAAAUUUAAAUGCCGAUCCCUCAUUAAUGAAACCCAACGCCAAGAAAUUCUAAAUGAUUACUGGAAUUUGGGUGAUAUUGAAAGACAAUGGUCACUUCAGUCUAUUGAUGAAGUAAAGCCAGUACAACGUUAUCUUAGAAUUGAUGAAAAUGGAACUCCAGCACCAAAACGAAACAAUUAUAAUGCAUUCUUUUUUACUUUGCAAGGCGUAAAAACAAGGGUUUGCAAGGACUUCUUUCGAAACACUCUGGCAAUAAAUAACCGACCUAUAGAAACUGCACUAAAGAAGAAAAAUAAAGAUACAAACAUCUCUUUAAUCAAAGAUAAACGUGGGUGUCACUCUAACCAUGCCCACGUAGAUGACGCACUGAAGAAUGGUGCAAAAGGUUUCAUUGAAGCUAUCCCUAAAAUUGAAUCUCACUAUUUGCGAGCUAAUUCAAAAAGACAUUACAUUGACGGAAGUAAGACUAUUUCGGAUAUUCACAGAUACUAUGUAGAACGAAGGCGACUCAGUUCACUCUCAGAUUGAACGGCAAGUGAAAAGGCAGUUGAGAUCUGGACCUAUAUAUACCCCUGAAGGUUUCAUAGGCGCCAUAAAAGCUGCCAGAAAGAAAUCUACGCCGAUUCACGUCAACGAAAUCUGUUAUAGUGAUAUUUGCGAUUGGAAAGCUGUAAUAAGUAAAGUAAAUUUUGUGCUUCAAAAGGAUGAAGAUAAAAAUGCCAUUAAAAUUUCAGAGAUAAAAGUGUUUAAGCUCCUGAAAGAUGAGCCUGAUACAUUGUACUUCAAAACUUCUUACGCUGAAGAAUUCAAAAGAGCUAUCAUAAUAAAGAGAAGAAGAAGGUUGAUUUUAACUUUCCCCUCAAGAAGGCUUUUGACAGAAAAACUGGUUUAGCUGAAAAGAAGAAAGAAGAUAUAUUUUCUCUGCUGAAUAGUAAUCACAUUCCUGAAUACUACAGAUCAUAUUUUGAAAGUUUGUAGCUUUUUAUUAACCUGAUUAAUUAAGAUAAGGAGUACUUUUUUGUCUGAAGACUGAAUUAAUAUAGUUUUUGUUAAAAGUUUAUUAUUAGAAUUUUUAAUUUUGAUAUCAGUAUUUUUUCAUCUUUGAUGAUUCUGCUAACGUGCCAUACAUGAUUGUGAUAAUUAUUGUAAGAUUUUUUUACUAGGCCAAGCUUAGUUAUUGAUUGACUGUUGAAUAAAGACGAAAAGAAGUUAUAUGUGAUUUAAAUAUGUGCCUUAUUUUAAUGUCUUAAUUGUAAUUGAAGAUCUCAUCAUAAAUAUAUUUCUAAGUAAAACUUGUUAAGUACUAGUUACCACUAUUUUGAUAUUUCAUAUUGCUGUUAUAUAAAAGAAACAUUUUCGAUAUCAACGGUUUAUCAUUUCAUGACUCAACACGAUGUAACUUAGUUUGUCAUCUUCAACGUUACAUUUCAUUAUAACACAUCAAAAAUCUUGCAUAUUUCAGGAAAAUGGUGAUAAGUUUUCUCUUUUUUUUUUAAACGUAUAAAUUAUGGGUAUUCUCUUUGUAAAGAUA